AUGACUUCUUACAAAGCGUCCAGGACGCCCAUCAGCUUGCAAACUACCAGUUGCCCGGAUUGCACUCCCUCGGGGAAGCGCUAUGCCAGAUUUGGCAGCUGGCAGUUGGGUGAUGACAUGGCGGGAGAGGUGACAGACGCGGAGAAGGGAAUAGAAGGGACACUAGAGAAUGGCAAGGUAAGAGUGAUGUGGACGGAAUCGAAGCCUCAUGGUAUCACAUUGGAAGCAAAAUUUGGAUACUGA